AUGCCUGAAUACUCUACAACUCCCCUGCCAAAGUGCAUCAAGCCGGCCACCCAAGCACCGCCACCAAAGCUCUAUAUAAUGAAGUACCUAAUUGACAACGAUUACCACGAUGCUGCAGCAAAAUGCGCAACGAUCUACACGAUGUUCCCUGCAAUUCGGGCAAAAGUACAGGUUGAGGCGAUUAAUUACCUCCACAAUGUGAUUACUUUGCAUAACCUCCUUCACGACGAUUUCCGGGUGGCUUUGGCGCCAACAGAAAAAGCAAACGAAUAUCGCGUGAAGUUUUACGAAGGGUUUGACAAGGUUUUUGCGCUACAUAUGCCUAACGGCACUAUAAUCAAGCUUGUUAAAGCACCUGGGCAUGAAAACAAAGCCCGCCCUUCUCCAAGUUUUCUGGAUGUUCAUUACAGACUAUGUGAGAUCUGGCAUGCGCCGGCCAGAGCUGAAGAACGCCUGAUCCCAAUCCAACGCUGGGAUGUCAUGAAACACGACAAACUCGCGGAGAUACAGCCGGAUGGGUCGAUGAAUCUGUCUCAUCUGCUACACCUUGCGUUUAGCGAAGUGACGGAAUGGAUGAGAGAAUGA